AUGGAACACUGGGGCAGACAAGUCACAACAGUUCCUAGAGUGUCCACUAACAGGAACUCACCUGGAGGGACACCUGACUACAGACCUGACUCCUGCGGAUUCGAACAUGUAUUUGUUGGGGAAACUAAGCGAGGUAAAGAGAUCCUGGGACUGCACAACUGGGUGCAGUUUUACCUUCAAGAAAAACUUCGGCACAUUGACUACAAGGGCUAUGUAGCCAGGAAGAAAAAAAGCAGGCCGGAUGAGGACGACCAGGUUUUAAGCCUUCAGUUCAGCUGGAAGGAGCUCGUGAAGCCCGUGGGAAGCAGCUUCAUUGGCGUCAGCCCCGAGUUCGAGUUUGCCCUUUAUACUGUGGUUUUUCUGCAAGCAAAUGAAAGAGUGACGCGCCAGAGGGUGAGAAUAGAGGAAUACGAACUGGAGAUUGUCGUUUACCGACAUGGGCAGCACAUAGGAACAGCCUAUCCCGUCCUCCUCAGCAGCAACAAUGAAGAUUUGUAGGGAUGACCUCAAUUUUGAAGAGAAAAUGAUUUUUAAAUUGCCAUGUGAGAUUUUAAAGGUGUUUUCGCUUCAUUGUAUGUUAUAUUUAGAAUGGUAUGUAAAAAAAUACAGCUUUUUUUUUUUACCUCA